AUGGAAACAUGGAGCAUGGUUGCCCCGAGCCUGGUGAUUCGACAGGCCUUGCCAUGGCGGCUAUGGGGUGACAUCUCCAAUCUCCAAAUCUGGGCAAAGAUAGGCAGAGAUAACGGGGCCUCUUCCUGGGGUGGUGUCGCCCCAGGAGCCUUGCAAUUGGGCAAGGUCAUUUUUGAGAGGAGCGCACAGCAGCAGACGAUGAUUUCUUCCCAAAACCAGGACUUGUCUGGUACCUGCCCAGCAGUCGAGUCCUAUUUGCCUUUGAGCAUCUGUGGAUGGCAAAUUGCGUACACACACCGGCGCAGCCUGGGCAGCAUGCGGUGA